AUGAUCGAUGCGUUAGGCCGUUUAUACACAGUUCAUCCAAACAAUUUGGAAUGCUUUUACUUGCGGUUACUGUUACUCAAUGUACGUGGACCGACAUCCUUCGAAGAAUUGAGAACAGUGGACGGCCAGGUUUGUGCCACGUAUCGUGCAGCUUGCCAAGAGUUAAAUCUUCUUGAAAACGAUGCCCAUUGGGAUAUUUCACUCGCUGAUGGUUCGAAUAUUGCUCAACCACAGCAAAUACGCACUUUAUUUGCGAUAAUCUUGACAACGUGCUUCCCAUCAAAUCCAAAAGACCUUUGGGAAAAAUACAGAGACUACAUGAGCGAAGACUUUUUACAUCGAUUGCGUACAUCAAAUCAAAUUCCAGACAUUCAAUUUUGA